AUUUUCUAUCGCAUAGCCUAACAAAUUAAGAAACACUGUAUCUCCAUUUCACCUGCAAAAACGGGUCAACGCAAAUCUCUAGCCAAGUCUUGAGGAGGAGAGUGUUUAUAUGCAUCAAACAAAAGUGUCGAUGAGGUCUUUAAUUCUAUUUCUUUCUGUUGUGGCGUGUGCAACAUAUGCACACGCGUUAAGGGGGGAACAAGAAAACUUAUCAGCCUACGACAUUCUUGAGCAAUAUGAUUUGCCAGUGGGUCUUCUACCAAAAGGGGUGACAGGGUAUGAGCUAAACGAAAGGAGUGGGAAGUUCAAAGCGUAUUUGAAUGACACGUGCAUCUUCAAAAUACGUUCAUACGAGCUGAAGUACAAGACAACCAUCAGUGGAGUUAUCUCGAAAGGAAGCCUGGCCAAGCUGAAGGGUAUUACUGUCAGGAUUGAAGUGUUGUGGCUCAGAAUCAUGGAGGUCACUCGCCAAGGUGAUGAAAUCGAAUUCUCUGUUCUUGGUCUCGUUUCCGCUGAUUUUAGCGUCAACAGCUUUUCCGAGAGCCCUCAGUGUGGAUGUGGAUUCCACUGCAAUAAUUUCCAGAUAAAAGGUGAUGUUUCUUCUAUUUAGAUUUGUUUUUGCGCUUCAAUUUGGGGAACAGAUUAUGAGACUGAAUACAGAUCUAUCUUUCUGUUAUUAUGUUUUUUAAUUAUCAAUUAUGAUAUGAUUUGUUUCGUAUGAAAUUUUUAAACGUUAAAGACAAUCAUUCAGCCGAUAUGAAUUACCCUUUGUUUUUAUUUAUUUAUGACACAUCAAAAUCCAGAUCAGAUCAACAUAGUUGAUGCUUAGCAUAAUUUCACUGUGUGAUCCUUUAAUUAAAGAGCACACCAUACCAUAGCAGGUGUGUCCUAUCCUCAAGUUCAAGAUUGUAGGUACAGUUUGAUUUAGAUUUAAGAUCCAGAGGGAGAAUGAAUGAUAGACACAUCUUCAUUCUUCACCAAAACAAAAUUGAGACUGAGAACUCUGUGAAAAGGGAGCAUCAUUUUUGCUCUUUCCACGCGUCCACCACUAAUCUUCAUCACUCACCCACCCACCAUCACCAGCUUCAACUA